AAUCGUUUAUUUUGUCGAUUUUUUUUUUUCCAUUGAAACUCGUAAUUGCCCCUCUUUUUUUUCCUUAAAAAAGUACUAAAUCGAUUUACUAUUCACAGCGGAAGGAUUGUGGUUAACAUUUUCCUUUAAAAAAUUCAAACAAAAAAACAUUCUCAAAAUGUCAUCUCCCUCCACAACAUUCUCUCAAACCCCAACCCUACAUCCUCCGUUGAUUCUCCGACCAACCCCCCCCAAAUCCCCCGCCGUUUUCACCAAAACCACCCUGUUACUCCUUCUCCUAUCCCCCCUCGUAGUCCUGGGCGUCUGCGCCCCAUGGCUGGGCACGCCUCAAUCUCUCUUCACCGCCUCUCCAUCCUCCUCCCAGUCCUCUCUCUCGAAAUGGAGAGACUACACGCUGCCCGAGGCGGCAGCGAGAAGCGGCACCAUUAUCGUGUGUGCCGUGAGCCAGCCCUACCUGCCGUUUUUGAACAACUGGUUGAUUAGCAUUGCGAGGCAGAAGCGUCACGAGCAGGUGCUUGUGAUUGCUGAGGACUAUGCUACGCUUUAUGAGGUCAAUGGGAAGUGGCCAGGCCAUGCCGUGCUUGUUCUUCCAUCUCCCGAUGCUCAGACUGCGCAUAAGUUUGGGUCUCAGGGUUUCUUCAAUUUUACUUCCCGUAGACCCCGCCACCUUCUGCAAAUUUUGGAGCUUGGAUAUAAUGUUAUGUACAAUGAUAUUGAUAUUGUCUGGUUAGCAGAUCCAUUUUCUUAUCUGCAAGGGAAGCAUGAUGUGUACUUCACAGAUGACAUGGCUGCAGUACGUAUGAUUACUUUACCUUCCUGUUUUUUAUUUGUAAUUAGGGCUGCAAAUGAACUGAGCCACUUGCAAGCGGCUCGAGGCUCGAUUUGAGCUUGUUCAAACUCAGACUUGUAACACAAGCAAACAAGCUCGAACCAAUUUAUUUGAGCUCGUUCAAACUCGACUCGUAACACAAGCGAACGAGCUUGAACCCAAUUUAUUCGAGCUCGUUCAAACUCGACUCGUAACACAAGCGAACAUGCUCGAGCCCAAUUUAGUGGCUCGUUUUCUUAACGAGCCGAACACGAGCCAGCUAAUGCUCAGCUCGAGUUGGCUCGCAAGCCAAGAUAUUUAUUUAUGUCAAUUAUUAUUUCCUAGCUUUCAAGCAAAAUUAUAUCAUUCUCCAAGACUUUUGGUCUCGUUCUGCCAGUGGAGGAUAUAUUGCCAGCUGGGGAGUUAAACAGAAAUGUGAAGGGUGAUCCUUUAUAGGAGGGGGUCUCUUGAACAGAGUACAAAACUUACGAUGGGGGACAAAAAGAUUUUUUCAAAAUGAAACACAAGCAAAACCCUCCCUCUUCUCCUGCAGUCCCACAUCGCCUGCUCAGAGAAAAGACAAAGCCAGUUCAAUUAUUAAAGGAGAGACCACCCCUAUCUUAUCCUCAACGUUUAGCUAAAGUUGAGCAGCCAUGUUCUCGAGCUCAAACAAGCCGAGUUUGAGCUGAAUGAAAUAUUUUCGAGCUGAGCUGAAGGUUCUCUGUUCGUGACGAGCUUGAGCCGAGCUUGAGUCACUAUGAAUAUUUGCAAGCCGAGUUUGAACAUGGUGAAGAUCGACUUGGCUCGUAUUUGUGAUCUGAGCUUGAACAUGGCAAAAAUUGGCUCGGCUCGUUUGCAGUCUACAAAGCUCGUAUUUGUGAGCUGAGCUUGAACAUGGCGAAAAUUGGCUCGGCUCGUUUGCAGUCUUAUUUGUAGAAGAUAGGCUCGUUAGCAGUCCUAGUGCAGCUAAACUGGUUCUGAAGAAGUGGAUCGAGGAGCUUCAAGCUCAGCCUUGGUCUAAAGCAAAGAAGGCGAAUGAUCAGCCUGCUUUUAACUGGGCAUUAAACAAAACUGCAGGACAGAUAUGUUGCAACUUGCGUUUGCCUUGUUAUUAUAUUGCUUCUAUGUUCUGUAAACCAAGUAAACUUCUUUUCUAUGCUUUUUAGUUACCUUACAGGACAUACUUUAAGAGCCCAACCCGUGAGAAUUCCGCUUCAACUGCCACCAAGAUACCAAUUAUUGACUUAAUACUUUUUGGCUCACUGUCGAGGUCUUGACUGUCUUCUACCAAGUACUGUGGAACUGACUAGAAAUUAUAGUUGUUUUAACACGUUUCAUAAGGAAAGAAAUAAACAAAGUCUGAGGGAGAUGCAAGACUCAGAGAUGAUGUUUACAUUCAUCUUACUCUCUCUUUUUCCUGCUGUUUUCACUCUUGUCUCCUUUUCUAAUCAGUUGUUCUUCCCCUCGUGGAUUGUUGGGAUGAUAGUAUACCAUUGGCAGUUCAUACUUUAUUCUUGAGAAUGCACCACAUAGUGUUUUAGCACUCAAACGACUGUGUUUAGGGUGCAGAGUAAUCCAAUCCACUGUUAUGUUGUUUAACGGUUGAGCUACUUACUGAUGCACCUAUUAUCGAUAUCAUGGGUAUAAUUAUAUUACUCCUAUUUUUUAUUACCUUUUGAGCAUGACCCUAGCAAGUAGCUUCUCAUAAAUGCCUUCUUUGUUGCAGGUUGAUCUGUAUCUGUUCCCACAGGCAGCAUUCCCUACGGGAGGGUUAUACUUCAAAAAUCAGACAUGGGUUCAGUAAACUAAGGGAAUGCAUGCUAUCAUUCAUAAUAACUAUAUAACAGGUUUUGAUAAGAAAAUCAAGCGCUUUCAUGAUUUCGGCCUCUGGUUUGUGGACGAACAUGCAAAGGAGUCCCCCCUUGGCAGAUGAUAAUGAGUCUGAAAGAACACUUCAUCAAAUGGAUAGCGGAGGCCCUCGAACAAAAUUGCUGUUCCAAUUUCUAUUGAGCUCAUUUUAUGCCCAUUGCAUUUUUGGAGUUACCAUUCAGUGGCAGCCGAUCAAACUCUUCUUUUCCGGUCAUUUCCACCUCUAUGAAGCACAUUGAAUUGCAGAUUCCUAACCUGCUUGCGAUUUGUCUCUGUAGAUUUUGAUGUGCGUUUAAUUAAGCACAAUAAAUGGUUUUUUACAGAAUAGCUUUUUGAUGUUCAACCCUACCAUGUAAAAACUAGUUUUUGUGUUCAUUUUGUAUCUCAGCACAACCGUAAGCAUUCAUUUUAA